CCGACACCGGUCUGAAUACUUUUUUUGAGUUUGCUGUACCGUGUACGCGGCUACAGUCGUUCGUCCCUUCAACAAUGGCAGCUCAGAAAAGAAAAAUAGGAGAAUUUCCCUCAAGCCAGCCAUCUAAGAAAGUCAAGCCGUCGAAACAGCAAUCACAACUACCUGGGCCGUCUGGUUCAACCACCGAGGAGGUUGAUUUUCCUCGAGGUGGUGGUACUACAUUUACACCACUCGAAGUCAAGACGAUACGAGCAGAAGCAGCAAACGAAGCUGAGGAGGAGCUUUUCAAUGCAGAUACUGCUGAGAAACCAGACACGAAGAGGGCCAAAAAGACGAAGAAGAAAGCUGGAUCUGGGUCUGGAUCGACGAAAAAGAAUGACCGUGUACGGAUCGAGCAUCUUAAUUACAAGAGAAUAACCAUAGGAAUGAAAAUAUUCGGGCAAAUUAUUUCCAUUCAGCCUCUUGCGCUCGUUUUAUCUCUUCCGAAUCAGUUGUUUGGCCAUGUGCCGAUAACGAAUAUAUCAUCGCAAUUAACGACUAGCCUGGAGAACAUGGAUAUGGACGUCGACUCCGACGGAGAUGAUUCUGACUCAGAACAAAAGAAAGCUAAAGCCCCCGAGCUUUCAGAGAUAUUUGCUCUUGGACAGUAUGUUCGCUCAGUAGUCACGGCCGUAUAUCCUUCAGGAACGAACAUGGAUUCUGCUGGUGUAGGGAGGUCGAGAGAUGAGAUGGUGAGAGGAAGCCGUAGAGUGGAAUUAAGUUUAGUCCCCGAGCGGGUCAAUGUGAGCCUCCAAAAGGCGGACCUCAGGUCGGGAUUUACUCUGAGCUCCGCCGUUAGAAGUAUCGAGGACCACGGUUAUAUCCUGGAUCUCGGUAUUCCAGAAGUCACUGGUUUUCUCCCCUUCAAAGAGGCACAGUCAUUACCGAGGAAGCUCCAUGUGGGCCAACUCGUGAAUGUCACCGUCAAUGAGCUUGCUACUAAUGGUCGUUCCUGCGAAGUGACAGCGGAUCCCAAGUUAUUUGCCACUUCUUCGAUAACCGAAAUCAGUAAUGUAACCUCAAUUCCUUCUGGAUCCCUCGUUGAAGCGCUUGUCACCGCUGUGCAGCCGACCGGCCUGAACCUUCAAGUCCUUGACUUUUUUGAUGGGACUGUAGAGGAACUCCAUCUACCGCGGCACUUACCAGAGAAAGGCUAUAAAGUUGGGAAGAAGGUCAAAGCUAGAGUGCUAUAUAAUUUUUCUACUAGUCCUCCACGACUGGCCCUUAGUCUUCAAGAACAUGUCGUCAAACUCGAACCGCGCCGCGCUUAUGACUCCGAACAUACUUUACAGGAGGCUUAUCCUCUUGGGGCUAUCUUGGAUGAUACCAAGGUGGUCUGUGUGGAACCUGAGCGGGGCCUAAUGUUAAGGAUGGACAAUGGCAUGCAAGGCUUUGUACACAUAUCGAAUAUAUCUGACGACCACCUACCCUCGUUAUCAGCUAAUUCUGGAUUGUGGAAACCUGGGACCAUUCACCGGUCAAGGGUAACGGGGUACUUCCCGUUCGAUGGGGUCUUACAACUCUCACUCAAACCGUCUGUACUAGAGCAAAAGUACCUACAGGUUUCUGAUGCGCAAGUUGGGGAACUGGUAAAAGGAACAAUUAGGCAAUUGACAGAAUCGGGGUUGUUUGUUUCGCUUUCUGGAAGCUUGGAUGGAGUUGUGUGGCCGAACCAUUAUGCUGAUAUCGUUCUAAAACACCCUAUUAGAAGAUUCAGGAUAGGAUCGACUGUCAAGUGUCGUGUGCUUGUCGUUGACUCAGAGCGUAAACGAAUAUCGCUGACAGCGAAGAAGACACUUCUUGAGUCUGCCUUACCACUGAUAACCUCGUACGAUGAGGCUGAUGUUGGGAAGGUGACGCAUGGGGUCGUUUUCAAAGUCACCAGCAAGUCGCUAAUGAUUGAGUUCUACAAUAACGUGAAAGCUAUCAUUCCCCUAAGGGAAGUUAGUGAAGAGCCAGUACAAAAUCUUUCCACGCUCUACCCUGUGGGGAAGGUCGUCAAAGUACGGGUACUCUCUGUGGAAAAGGACGAGAGGCGUAUCAUUGCUAGCAUUCGACAUUCGGGAAGCAGCUUCAAGCAAUACAACACCAAUAUUUCUGGAAUCGAAAUUGGAAGCAUCACGGAGGGCGUAAUCACUGAAAUCCAUAAAGAGAAUGCAGUAUUAUCAUUACAGCCCAGCAACGUUCGUGCAUUGCUCUCCAUGAACAAUCUCGCCAACCAUCGAAGCCUUUCUCCCCCUCAACUUCGUGCUCUACUGAAAGUAAACGAAAAGCUUGAGGAACUCAUUGUAGUGUCUAGGAACAUGGAGAAGGGAUUUGUCAUUGUCGCGAACAAACCGAAAGCAAAGCAAAGUUUUUCGAAGGGUACCAUCUCCUUCGACACCGUGGAAAUUGGACGGAUCGUUGGCGGUCGAGUGGUUCGGCAGACUCGACAUGGUGUUUUGCUCAAACUACCUUCGCAUGUUGGUGGCAUCCUUCAUCCCACUGAUACGUCCGAUGAUUUUUCAACUGGGACACCCUUCCCUGCCGUUGAAUCAAUUUUGAAGGGAGCCGUGGUUUCGAUUGACAAGGCGCGCAAACAGUUUACGCUUUCGACAAGACAUUCGCGGAUGUAUCCGGACCAGAAUCACACAAUUCUCGAUAGGGAAAUCAAUGAAAUAUCUGACCUACAUGUUGGAGAGACUGUGCGUGGCUAUAUCAAGAGUGUGGCAGAACAUGGACUUUUUGUCACGAUCGGCCGUGGUAUAGAUGCGAGGGUCCAGAUUAGAGAACUGUUUGAUGAUUUCGUCAAAGACUGGAAACCUCGCUUCCAGACUCACCAAUUAGUGAAAGGGCGUAUUCUCGGUCUGGAUCUGGAAGCUAAAAAGGUCGAAAUGACGUUCCGUUCCGGUGACCUCAACAAACCUCGCACGACCAAUCUUAUGCUAGCUGAUAUAACACCGGGACAAGUUGUAGAUGGCACGGUUAAAAGAGUGGAAGAAUAUGGCCUGUUCAUUCAGAUUGAUGGGUCUAAGCUAUCGGGUCUUUGCCACAAAUCUGAGCUCUCGGACAACAAAGAUAGUGAUACCACCGUCGCACUUCGCGGGUUCCAAGAUAAUGAUCGUGUUAAAGCAUACGUACUCAGCGUUGAUCAGAAGCGGAUCUCGUUCAGCCUGAAGCCAUCUCAUUUUAGUGAUGAGGACUUUCGGCCACCGGAUGAGGAGGACGGAGAAGGAACGGACGGAAAAGAAGAUUCAGAGAAUGAAGCUUAUGGUGUACAGGGUAUGGAGGAAGAGGAAGAGGAAGAACAAAUCGAUAGGGAGAGGGAGGAAGCAGACGAGGCAGACGACUCUUCUGACGACGAUGACAUGCAAGUCGACGUUGAUAUGGACUUGAAAUCACAUAUUCAAACGGCCUCCGUUUUGACAAACUGUAAUCCUCGACCAUCGAGCGGACCUCUUCAGCUGUCUAGCACCUUCCAAUGGUUCGGCGAUACUGCUCAAGAAGAAGAACUGGUCGAAUCUUCCGAUGGCAGUGAUGACGAAGCGCCAACCAAGAAGCAGAAGAAGAAGAAAGAAAUCGAGCAUGAUCUUACGGCCGAUAUGCAUAGCAAGACUCCCGAAUCUACAGCCGAUUUUGAAAGAGUUCUACUGGGAUCGCCGAAUUCAUCCUUUCUAUGGAUCCAAUAUAUGUCCCUCCAGCUACAACUUUCCGAAAUUGACAAGGCUCGGGAAAUCGGAAGAAGGGCCUUACAGACAAUUAAUUUCCGAGAGGAAGGUGAAAAACUCAAUGUGUGGACUGCUUUAUUGAACUUGGAGAAUUCGUACGGUACAGAGGAGAGUUUGGACGCUGUGUUCAAGGAAGCGGCAAGGGCAAAUGAUUCGAAGACGGUUCACUUACGAUUAGCGAGUAUAUUUGACCAGGCUGAUAAAACUCAGAAAGCGGAAGAGCAGUAUAAAAGAACAUGUAAAAAGUUCGGCUUUAGUUCCAAGGUCUGGACACUCUUCAGCGAGCAUUUUCUUCGGCGUGGGGAGAUUGAGGAAUCGCGAAAGCUUUUACCACGAGUCUUACAACGCUUAGAGAAGCGGAAACGUAGACCUCACUUUUUUUUGUCCUGUGCUUCACUAACCCCUUUACAGACCUCAAAACGAUAUCUCGUUUCGCACAACUCGAAUACAAGUUAGGUGAUCCGGAACGGGGAAAGACGCUCUUUGAAGGCAUUGUUGAUUCCCAUCCCAAACGGUGGGAUAUGUGGUCAGUUUAUAUCGACAUGGAGACCGGGCAAAUCAAUAUUCAGAGCGUGCGAAACAUUUUCGACCGAGUCCUCCAAAUGAAGAUGACCAGUCAUAAAGCGAAGUUUUUCUUCAAAAAAUGGCUUGACUUGGAACAUCGUAUGGGUGAUGACAAGGGGGCAGAGACUGUCAAGCAAAAAGCUAUUGAGUGGACACGGGGACAUGCGCUCACGAGCACAACUACAAGUGUUGAGCAGGAAGAUUAAUAACACAUUAUAAAGCUUCGCCGGUCUAUUAUACUUUUUUGCUGUACAGUGGACGCCUUCUGUCUACAGCCGCAUCAGGUGAAGUGAUGGUGCGCUUCUUGUACCUUGAGUUCUGAGAUCUGAAGCUUUG